AUGGAUCUGACGGAAUCUAUGAAGAAUCUUGUAGGAAAAGGUUUACUUGGAGAUAUGGGGCCACCGUCUAGUGGUAGCGGUUUUGCCGGAAGCGGUUAUGUCACCGAAAAACUUUACAUGCUUUUGCAAUUAUAUUUGCAAAAUAAAGGAUGGAAUCCUUCUGUUGAAUUAUUGCAAUGUUUUUCUGAAUUGAAAGAAGCAUCCAUGCUACCGAGUGCAGCAUAUCUUCAAAUGAUGGCACAAAGAAUAACUCUAGAUUCACAAGGUAGACUUGUUUUAAGAGAAAAUGGUAAAAUAAUUCUUCCAUUUGAACACUUUGGUAAUGCUGUUAUGCUUAAACAUAUGAAUGGACCUCAAGGAAUGCAUUUAGGAUUAGAGGCGACCAUUCGAGCAGUUAUGGAUUCUUACACAAUAGGAAGAGAACAAUUUGGAAUGGAAAAAGAAUUUAUUAUAGAUAUAGUACAGAAUUGUCCCAAUGGGGCUUGUAGAUAUUAUAAAAGUCAACUAGAAUUGAGUCAUAGAUCUUUAGCUCAUUUAUCUGGUGCUCCAACAUACAUUGAUCCCCAGCCUUCCAAAAAAGGAAAAGGUUCUUCCAGUAGAGACAAUGAUCAAAGAAAUAAUCAAUUUGGAAAUGAAGAUUUCACUUUGCCACACCAUCAUCAAACUCCAGUAGAUUUAACUCCGACAGAAAAAAUAUCAAAGAGUAAUUCCAGUUCUUCCCAGUCCAGGGCUCAACUGUUAUCGGCGGUUCAACAAAUGGUUGGAAACGAGGGUAAAGGUUCAUCUUUAUCAUCAUCGAAAACUUCAAAAUCUCAUCACGUGGAUUUAAGUCCUCAGGAUCAUAAAAUUGCUGAUUUUUUAAGAGCGAAUUUAGAAAGUUUAGAAGGUCUCGGAUUAACUAGUUCUAAUAAAGAUUUACUCGCUCUUCAUAAUGGUGCUUGGGGUAGUCACGAAAGUGAAAGUAAAAGACUGUCUGGAAAUGCCGGCGAAGUCGGUCAAGAAAAAAUAGUGAGGGCGUUCACCGAAAUAAUGAAAAAUAUGGCGAGAAUGAAAACUUGCAUAAGGCCCGCGAUGUGUAAACCUUAUGGUAAACAAUCGGAAUCUUUACAAAAAACUUUGAUGGAUACGGUACAAUUGGUACAAUCUUUGCGUCAAGUUUUACCACCGCCACACAUCGCUGUAAGUUCUUGGAAAAAUGAAGACAAGCAUAGUUUGAGAGCGGAUUUUCACGAGAUUUAA